GACAUAUAAGAAUCAUAGCACGUUAGUUUUGUAUGUCAGUAUGUCAAUCACAGAAUAGAAUUUAAAAUUCAAGUUUUUUUUAUUAUUUUUAAUGAUUAAUUUCGCAUCAGGCAAAGAUGAGGAGCAGGUAUUAUUACGAAUAAUAAGGCUAAAAAUACCUGAAACUAUGGGAAAAAUUCCACUUUUUGGUGCUACUACUAUGCUUCUAUUUGACGUAAAACGAAGUUAACCGAGUAUUUUGGUACAAGUCCGAGGUUUGGUUUCUCAAAGGUUGCAUUUGAGGUUGUUUAUAAUUAUUAUUUAUUCAAUUACUAUUGUUUGAUUGUGUCAUUUAUUUAUACAAAAAUGAAUAUAGAGUGAAAUUAUUACACGUCGAAAAGUAUUUGGUUAACAUUCACUUCAAUCAUUUAGUUAAAAAAUGUUUAUUUUUAUGCGACCCUGAGGAGUUUGGGAAAAUAAGGAAAUAUGGAUUCUUUCUUUAGUUUGUUCGACCCAGGGUCUUGUAGUGAUUGUUCAAACAAUCAAGAAUUUGCUCUGGAUAAUAUGAAUAAUCAGACUUCUUUGCCUCCAGAACCUCAGCUUGGGAACGUUGAAUAUAAAUUGAAGAUUGUUAAUCCGACAAAACAAAGAUUUGAACACUUAGUUACUCAGUUAAAAUGGAGACUGCGUGAAGGUAAUGGUGAAGCCAUUUACGAGAUUGGGGUGGAGGACAGUGGUAUCUUGGCAGGCCUUUCCAAAAGAGAUAUGAAUGCUAGUCUUCAAUCGUUGCAGCAGAUGGCUGUUAAAUUAGGAGCAACAACCACGAUAUUAAGAGAACGCAUUCUAGAUAAUGGUCGAAGUGUAGCUGAAGUAUUGGUUAGAAAAAUACCAGAUGAUCAAAAUAACAUUGAAAUACGGGUGGCCGUUCUGGGGAAUGCUGAUGCUGGUAAAUCCACUUUAUUGGGAGUUUUAACUCAAGGAAGUCUGGACAAUGGCAGUGGGCGGGCUCGCUUAAAUAUGUUCAGACAUUUGCAUGAGAUUCAGAGUGGUCGGACGUCGUCAAUUUCUCAUGAGAUUCUAGGAUUCAAUUCUCAGGGACAGCCAAUUAAUUACAGUUACAGUGAACUAAUAACUGCAGAAGAAAUCUGUGAUUCCUCAACUAAAUUAGUUACGUUUUUAGAUCUUGCUGGACAUAAAAAGUAUCUAAGAACCACUAUUCAAGGACUUUCCGGUUAUUCUCCACAUCAUGCAAUGCUUGUAAUAUCUAGUACAGCUGGAGCAGUUGGUAUGGCGCAUGAGCAUUUGGCAAUAGUAGUUGCCCUCAAUGUACCCUUUUUUAUUGUGAUAACUAAAAUUGAUUUAGUACAGCCCACAAGUACACUUCAGAGCCUUGAAUCAUUCUUAAAACAAGUUGGCAGUAGGCGAGUUCCAUUGAUAAUUAAAAGCCUGGAUGAUGUCAUUACUGCUGGAGCAAAUCAAUUAACAGAAAAUGUUGUUCCUAUUUUUUGCGUAUCUAGUGUGAGUGGCGAAGGAUUGGAAUUGCUUUUGAAAUUUUUACAUGUAUUGCCACCAGGAAUAAGCAUUAAAGAAAAAGAACGAUUGGAGCAGGAGUCUCCAGAAUUUCAUAUUGACGAGAAUUUUAAGGCUGGCGAUGUUGGUCAAAUUCUUGGAGGCCUGCUAACCAAGGGAGUAAUAACUGAAGGCACCAAAAUGCAAAUUGGUCCAAUGAAGGAUGGUUCCUUUCAGAAUGUUAUGAUCAAAUCGAUUCACCGCAACAGAGUACCAUGUAGAAUGGUACGUGCAGGACAGAGUGCUGCCAUAUGCCUUAAUACCUAUGUAUCUGGCUUAAGAAAUGGUAUGGUACUGUUAAGUUCAGAAGAGAACGCCAAGGGUUGCCUAUAUUUUCAAGCUAGUGUAUCAGUACUAUUCCAUGCCACAGCUAUUUAUCCUGGUUUCCAAACGACUGUUCAUAUUGGCAAUAUUCGGCAAACGGCAGUUGUAAUUGGUAUUUGUUCAUCAACUUGCAUCCAUACCAAUGAGCGCGAUUCUGUAUUGUUUAAAUUCAAAGUACAUCCUGAGUAUGUUUCAGUAGGCCAGAGACUACUAUUCAGAGAAGGAUCUGCUAAAGGUAUAGGUGAAAUCACUCAAAUUUUCCCUCUGUAGCUAGGAGUUUUAUGAAACCUAAAUAAUUUAUUUUCAUUGUUGAAUUAUUGCAACUUUUUAUACAGUUUAAGUGAUUAUGAUAAAAUCGAUUGAUUAUUAUAAAUUCUUUAUUUUAUGUAUUUACUGAUAUUAAUCUAGUCAAAUAUAAUUAUUUUGCUAAUUCAGGCAUAAUUAUUUGAUUGUUUUAUUUUUUUCAUGUAGAAAAAUUAGAAAAUGUGUUUUGUAAAUAAUCUAGUAUAUAACUUUUUUUUCACUACUAAUUUUAAAGAAAAUAUUGAUUGGAUUAAAACACUAAUUGAAAGCUCACAAUUUUAUUGAGAAAGCAAAAAAUUAUAAAAUAUCGUGCAUUUUGUGAAUCACUUCACAAAUUCAUAUUCUUUUAUCAUUUAGAAAUACGCAGCAGCAUAGAAAAAUUCUUAAAAAAAGGUUUUGAAUAGUAGUUGAUCCUAAAUUUAUAAUUAAUGGGGUUAUAGGGAUUUGUUUCUCUUAGUACCACAUAAAAAAAGUAUGAUGAAUAAAGCUACAAAACAUGUUUCAUAUUUUGUCAUUUUUCUCUACAAUAUUUAAUUCUCCAGCUCUUGGUAGUUUGAAUGUUAAAGCAAGUAAUGAGGACGGCGUUAAUGUUUUUAAAAAAAAUUGUGACCUGAUUAAAAUCAAAAUACGUACGACAUUAGUAAAUUGAAAACUUUUUAUAGUAAUAACCUUACUAAACAUUAUUAACCGUGACCACUAACAUAAUUGUUACUCCACACUGUCACCCUAUCUCUUGAUAUAGUAUAUAAAAAUAAUUGUACGAUUUUUAAUGAGGACUACCUUUUUACACUCAUCAGUUAGUAUCACUGGCUAGUGAUAUUUGGAAGUACAGCUUUCAAGCUUUCGGAAAACAAAGAAGGAUGUGAAUUUCCAAAAGACAUACCUCGGAAAGCAGUAGUGAUUUGAAGAGAUAUAUAACUUGUCAAAAUAUUCAUUUCUUUAUAAAAAAACAUAUCAAAGCAGUGAUUUGUUUAUCUAAAGAACUAAUUUUAUGUUCACAAUGAUACCUCAUUUAUGGGGUAUGUCAUUCAAUAAGUAGUAUUCAAUGCAAGCCUCACAUUUUUUCUUGAAAAAGGAAAUUUUCAAUGAACAGUUGAAGUGUAUUUGAAGGUACUAUAAAAUAUUUUAUAUUUAAUACCUUUUAGGAUAUAUUUUUGUGGUAGUUCAUAUCUGAAUUUCGAUUGUUGUUGAGCCCUUCAAAUGUUGUAGUUAUGGGGAAUCAAUUCAACAGAUCAUUUAACAGUGAUUACGAAGUUAGUUUUAUAAAUUGCAACCUCAUUUCAGUUACACUUGAUAUUUCUAGCAAUAAAAAUGUACAAAUUGUAGCUAUUCUCGUACCGUUUCGAUUUUAAUGUACAAAUUAUAAAAUUGACAGGAAAGAGCUUUAAAGUUGAUUAACAAAAUUAAACUAUUCUGUAGUAUGAAGUAAAUCUAAGGGGGUUCUUAGAAACAUUAUUUUCUCUUCAAUACUGCUAAAGUGACAUCCACAAUUAAAUUUUUACUUGCCUUUUUUACCUUUGAAAAUUUGAAAAGUUUACAUACAGAGCUGCUUUCAUGUUUUUUUUAAAUAAUCCUCAAGUUUGAAAAUAAGUUAAUUUAGUAUUUAAUAUUUGUAUUAGAGUUUAUUUUUAUUUUUUUUUAAUUUAUUUUUACUUUAUUUUCUUUAUCGUCUACAUAGAGGAAUUUCUAAGAACUCUUACUAUUAAUACACUCAGGAUGUGAAAUUGCUGUUUCUAUAUUGUAAUGUGAAGAAAUGAAUCUGUGAUUGUAUUUUAAGCAAAGUAUAGGUAGAUUUGAAACAGUAUUAAUAUUUUAGCUUUAUAGUUCUUUGAAUCACUUAAAACAAUGCGACAGUACCCUAUGUACCAUUUUGGUAGAUCUCGUGUUAAAUAAAAUGAUUUAAUCACU